CAGACCCUCAGCAUGCGCUCCCUCAUAACUUGGGCUUAUUUUGGCUUGCCUUGUGCUAUGACAGACAUAGCGAUUGGGUGCCUCAGCUUUCCAAAUCUGAUCAUCCUUUCAUCCAGUACAUACUGUAGGUCUCCAUAUGGUCCAGAUUCCCCCAUCCCCCCACAUUCACUCUUCAGCCAAUGAGAUUCCUCAGAAGAUCAAGUAUCACUAUAAGUCAAGGACUUAAGAAGUUUCAAGGUUCGCAGAAUCUUGCAGCCCGUCUUCGCCAUCAAGACACUCUCUUCCUUCAUCUUUUCUGAGGUCUAAAGCUCCCUCUCAUCAUGUCCGACACGGAGGACGUUGGGGUCGAUGAGUACGAAGAAGGAGAGGCCUAUGAAGAGGAAGAGGAGAAGCCCAAGUUCAAACCAAGUGCACCAAAGAUCCCUGAUGGGGAAAAGGUGGACUUUGAUGACAUCCAGAAGAAGCGUCAAAACAAAGACCUGGUUGAGCUGCAGGCCCUGAUUGAUGCCCACUUUGAGCACAGGCAGAAGGAAGAGGAAGAGCUUAUUGCUCUGAAAGACAGAAUCGAGAAAAGGAGGUCUGAGAGGGCAGAACAGCAGAGGAUCCGCGCUGAGAAGGACAAGGAACGUCAGGCAAGACGUGAGGAAGAGAGGCUGAGGAAGGAGGAGGCUGAUGCUAAGAAGAGAGCAGAUGAAGAUGCCAAGAAGAAGUCUGCCCUGUCUAACAUGGGCUCGCAGUACAGCAGCUACCUGCAGAAGGCUGAUUCAAAGAGGGGAGGUAAGAAGCAAACUGAAAGAGAGAAGAAGAAGAAGAUUCUGGCAGACAGACGCAAACCACUGAACAUUGACCAUCUGAAUGAGGACAAGCUGAGGGAGAAAGCUAAAGAGCUGUGGGACUGGUUGUACCAACUGGAGGCUGAGAAGUUUGAGCACAUUGAGAAACUCAAGAGGCAGAAGUAUGAGGUUACUACCCAGCGUAAGAGAGUGGAGGAGCUCAGUAAAUACUCCAAGAAGGGCGCUGCUGCUCGCCGCAGAAAGUAAGCUUUCAUGGAGGAAUCUACACUCGUGGUCAAGACAAGCCUGCUCCCUGUGUCUCUGGGCUCUGCCUUCAAUCACCAGGCAUCUCUGAUCCCAACCAAUGUUUGCAGUUUACCAGAGGCUAUCAAAGGCGAUCUUCCACACCCUGCAUGACAUUAACACUGUCCUGUCUUAGCAGUAGUUGCAGUAGGAACAUCCCCCCUUGCUCUGUCUUAUGGCUCUCACCUUCCGUUUUUGUAAAUAAUGUUUGGCUCACCAGCUUUAUCUGUUGCAUCUGGCAGUUCAAUAAAAUUAUUCUUCAAGACUG